AUGAAAGCAUUCACAACUCUCUCGGCUCUGCUCUCGGCUGCUGGCCUAGCUCAAGCCCAUUACACAUUCGACAGGCUGGUUGUCAACGGACAAGAAACUCGAAGCUGGGAAUACAUUCGAGAAAAUACUCGCACUGAGAAGUACAUGCCGACCAAAUUCAAGAAUACCAUUGGCAAAGUCACUCCGAACGACGCCGACUUUCGAUGCAAUGAAGGAUCGUUCACAAAUGCUGGAAAGACCAAGGUCUACGAGGUCGCUCCUGGUGAUGAGCUCUCUAUGAUUCUCGCGUACGGAGCGAGGAUGGAGCAUCCCGGUCCGGCCCAGAUCUAUAUGUCCAAGGCCCCUGGCAGCGUCGUCCAGUAUGAGGGUGAGGGCGACUGGUUCAAGAUCAAGGAUGAGACAGUCUGCGGAUCUACUGCCGAUGGCCUCCAGGAUACCGAUUGGUGCACCUGGGGCAAGGACCGUCUGACCUUCACUAUUCCUGAUGGUACUCCGGCUGGCGAGUACCUUGUCCGUGCCGAACACGUUGGACUUCACCGUGCUCAUGUGGACGAGACCGAAUUCUACUAUGCUUGCGCCCAGGUCAAGGUCUCUGGUAGUGGAAACGGUACACCCAGCCCACUCGUCAAGUUCCCAGGAGCAUACAAGGCCACCGAUCCGGGCAUUGCUUUCAGCAUCUGGGCUGGUAAGACGGAGUACCCCUACCACAUCGGUCCCGAUGUCUGGGCCGGUGGCUCUAGCGGCUCUACUGGCAACAACUCGACUCCUGAGCAGCCCGAUGCGCCAGUACCCUCGCCUGGCCAAUUCUUCCCAUCAUCCUCGGUCUUGGCGGCUAGCUCUGUUUCGGGCGGUGCACCAACGACUCUGGCAACUUCCAUCACAAGCAGCGCCCCCAGCGUUACUGCUACCGAAGAUGAGAACCUGGAAGCGUUCCCUACCGUCCGUGACGAUGGUCCUGGUGCGUCCAGUCCGACUCCCGGCGCUACUCCUACCUAUCCUGGCCCUCGUCGCCCUAAGAUCCUCGAGUGCGUUGAGCGUGAUGAGUGA